AUAAGCAAUUCCUCUGCAUAAAAUGUCUUUCUCUUACACGUCAAAGUUUUCGACUUUCCUUCUGCUCUCUAUAUUUCUAGGGAGCACUUCAAUAGUCUCCGCUGAUUUCAACAAUGAGUUUGAUAUCACUUGGGGUGAUGGCCGUGGUAAAAUACUAAAUGGCGAACUCUUAACUCUUUCCCUCGAUAAAUCAUCUGGCUCUGGCUUUGAGUCAAGAAACGAGUACCUGUUUGGCAAAAUCGAUAUGCAGCUGAAGCUGGUACCCGGCAACUCCGCAGGCACAGUCACUGCCUACUAUUUGUCUUCAAAAGGAUCGAACUGGGAUGAGAUCGACUUUGAGUUCCUGGCUCCACCACCUUCCGCUUUCACCUCUGCACCCAAAUCGAAGUACUCGACAGGGCAACAACAAUUACCCCAAAUCGAAGCACUCUGUAGGUGA